AGCUGCUCGGCCGAGGGCGCGCGACCGCCGGCCACGCCCCGCGGCGCCCCUCGGGGUCGCGCCGCUCGGCGCUUCCAGCGGCCCGCAAGGCGGGCCGCAAGGCUCCUUGGAGGAGCGGCGCAGCGGGCGAGGGUGCAUGAGCGCGGUGGAGAGCGUCACGACCCGGCGCCCGCUUGCCCCGAAUGGCGUCGCGACGAGGCCAGCCUGGAACGCGGUGGACCGCCUCGCGUACGUGUCCUCCCUCCAGCUGUUAGAUCUGCCAGGGGAGGACUCGAAGACGCGCUGUGCUUCCUCUUCGAGGCGGUCUCAGACUGCUGGCUGCCGCCGGGCUGGGAGAUCAUCAGGGACCAGUUCGGCCAGUGCUAUUUCGCCAGCCGCCUGACUGGGGAGGCGACGUGGUCCCACCCGCUGGCGCCGCAGCUGCGGGAGCUGGCCGGCGUCUUCCGGAUGUGCGUGCACUCGGACUCGAGGAGGAGGUCAGGGACCUCGCCGUGGACACACUGCUCCAGACGUGGCAGGAGAGGAGGCCCGGUUGGCGCUGGAGCCCUGGAAGCAGGCCGUGGACUCCGUGGGCGUGCAGUGCUACCAGCACCGGACGUCCAGGGCGGUCUCCUACAUGGAUCCGGCCGCGGACGUCCUGCCACAGCUGUACAUCAGGAGCGUGGCCCUGAGGACGUUGAGAGCUGCAAGCUACCGGGUCGACAAGACGGAGGAGGUCAAGGCCCUCGUGGGCCCUCUGCAGCAGCAUUUGGUGGACGUGCAGAUGCGGCAGCACCAGCACCAGAUGCAGCAGCUGGAGCAGGAUCAGCAGGACAAGCUGAAUCAGCUGCAGCGCCUGCACACUCCGCGGAAAUCCGAGUCGCUGGAGAAGCAACAGCAGCAGCAGCAGGCGCAACUGAGGCAGCAGGCGCAGCAGCAGGCGCAGCAGCAGCAGCAGCAGCAGCAGCAGCAGCAGCAGCAGGAGCAGCAGUGGGCGCAGCAGUACUGGCAGCAGGUGCAACAGGUGCAGCAGCAGCAGGUGCAGCAGCUGCAGCAGCAGCUGCAGCAGCAGAUGCAGCAGCAGGCGCAGCAACACCACCAGCAGCAAGUAGAACUCCAGAAGCACGUGCAGCUGCUGGGUCAGCUGAAGCGCGAGCAGGAUGACGAGGAGCGCGACGAGAUGCAGCAGCACCGUCGGCAGGUGUGGGAGCUGCUGAGCCAGAGCCAGGGUAGCCAAGAGCAGCAGCCUGUCCAGCAGCAGACGAUCAGGACCCCGCAGGCCCGGCAGCAGACCUGGAAGCGGUCGCAGGUGGUCCCAGAGAUGCAGCAGGACGAGUUCCUGCCAGCAGAUGCCGCGGGCAGCGAGGAC